AUGGAAAAAAAUAUCCUAUCAACUCACUUAGAUCAUAAAUGCGAUCACGAAAAGAAUAGGUUGAAGGUAUGUGCACCAUGUGGUAAAAAAUUUGUUGUUGCCAAUCGUCGAAGAUCGGAAUUUUCAAUUACUGAAAAUCUUACUGGUUUAAUUAAACAGCAUAUAAACCAUCAGUUUGACCUGUCUAAUUCUAAAUUUUCUGUUAGCAUUUGUAGUACUUGUCGAAGAACUAUAAUGGAACGAGAGAAGGGUAAUCUAAACAGGCCACUUCCAACAAUGCCUAAAUAUGAGGACAUGCAUUUAGCAAAAGAAACUAGAACCAGGACAGCUUCUGAUUGCAAUUGUUCUAUAUGUUUAACGACACGAUUCAGAGGUCAUUCUAAAAUAGUUAAGGGUAAAGGUAAUGUACGUACUUUUGAUACUAUAAUAGAUCAAAAUUGUGGUCUUUAUGGAGCUGCUUCAAAUCCCAAUCUUCCGUCUACAAGUGGACAAAGUAACAUUUGA